ACUGGGUUUGCGAGAAUGCCUGGCGGGUGUACGCAGUCCAUACCUUUUAUUGGGUUGGUUCCAUCCUUGGCCAGCUGCUGUUCGGUUGCCUUACAGACAAAUUUGGCAGAAAGAAAACGUUUUGUUGGGUUGUCCUUCUGUCUGUGGUUUCAAACCUGGCAACCAUCUUAGCUCCAGACCACAUGACAUUUACAGCAGCACGGUUCCUCACAGCUUUUGGUAUAGCUACCAUUUCAACCACAUCAUUCAUGAUUGUUAUGGAGUACACGGGCCCUUCUAAUCGGACGAUAGUGUUGUGCACUUGGGCAGCAUCCUGGACAUCUUGUGCUGCGGUUCUUCCAUGGAUCGCAUAUGUUUUGCGAAAUUGGAGGUGGCUGCUGUGUGUGCCUUUCCUUCCAGCAUCUGUUUUACUUUUUGUAUCAUGGUGGGUUCCCGAAUCAGCGAGUUGGCUGAUGACAAAAGGCCAAGUAGCAAAAGCCGCAGAUCUGCUUCAAAAAGUAGCUCAAGUCAAUGGCAAGAACCUCAGUUCACAAUAUUUUUAUGAAAGACUGAAGGAUUCUGCUCUAGAGUCUACAGACACGAAGCCAGAGAAGAAAGAAUCUUUCGUACAGACUUCUUUGGGGCUCAUUAAAUACCCCAAUAUGAGGAAGAAGACGCUUGUUCUCCUAAUCUCUUGGUUAAUCAUUCAUUUGUGCUACAAUGGUAACAGUUUACAAACAAGUCAUCUUCCAUUUAAUACUUACGUUUCCUUUUCCGUGGGAGCUUUUUUGGAGAUUCCUGUAAAUAUGUUCUGCAUUUUAUCCCUGGACAGAUUUGGCCGAAAAUGGCCAGAUGUCAUAUGUCUCUACAUUGGAGGAGUCCUGGGAAUUAUUAGCGGAUGUUUGUCCAAAGACGCAGUCCACGAAGUAUUUGCGAUGGCCAUGUUGGUGCGCAUCACGUUCGCGGCCGGGACCAACAUCACGUUUCAGUACACUGCCGAACUCUUCCCCACAGAGGUACGUGGCAGAGGUCUCUCCCUUCAGAGAAUGUUCGGGGCCGUCGGCAGUUGUCUCGCCCCUACCGUCGUCUUUUUGGCGGAAAUCGAUCGACUUCUUCCGAUGCUAGUGUUGGGCAGUUUGUCGCUGGUUGCUGGAUCCCUGAUUGUUAUCCUCCCAGAAACAACUGGACAUCAGCUACCUCAUACACUAGAAGAAGGCGAAAAAUUUGGAGCUCAUGAACACAUCUGCUCGAUUUUCUCACCAAAAGUAAAAGUAAGAAAAGAAGACAAUUCCAGUGAAUGGAGGAAUGGGGCCAAAUUCGGGAGGGACAAUUUAGCUGCCGAUGUGCCGGAAGGCACACAAGGUGUUUUCAUUUUGACUGCCAAAGAACCCGCCGGGAAACUAUGACCCUCUGCCUAGAGUGUCUACUUAUUUAUUAAUGUGUACGAAUUCUAUGUUUUUUUGUAGAAUAAAGUUUUAUUUCU